AUGGAGGAUGAGCCCAGGCGCUUCUUCGGUCCCAGCAGGGAUGCCACUCUGGGCGAGACGGUCGGAGUCGCACCCCCUCGGAUGGGGGAGCCGCUGAACAGCCUCGAUGCAGAAGCGCUGAUGUCUGUGGUUGGGCCCCCCGAGCUUCCUGAAGCUUGGAAGCAGGGCUUCUUCUUUGCAGGCUAUCAGCCUUACGGCUUGCAGCAGGUGAAUGGAGGACCCUGCGGUGUCAUUGCUGUCAUCCAGGCAUUCCUCAUUCGCUCGUUGCACUCACGAGCUCCCAGUGUCGCAGCGCUGCUGGAGGUUGACGAGAACCUUCGCCAAGAAGCACUCAUGGAUGCAAUUGCAGAGGUGCUUUUUCGAAACGUGGGCGACAACAAAAAGGCUUGCGUGCUGGUGCCAAGUUCAUCCUCUGCGAGCGUGCUCAGCGUGUCGCAGCUUCGGUGCUUGCAGCCUGCACUCUUUACCUCCUAUGACCAGCUGAGAUACUUUUUGGGUCAGAGGCCGUACAGGGAUCUCUUCUUCAAUCCCUCGGGUUGUGGAGUUCCCAUUCUCCUCUUCUCGAUGGUCUGGACUCGUACUGUGGAUGGCUGCCGGGAACGAGAUUUCGAUGACCCGAAGACAGGGACAAUGAUCGGUGGCCACGGCUACUGCACGCAGGAGCUGGUGAACUUGAUGAUGUUCGGCCGUGCGUACAGCAAUGUCUUCGAUGGCACCAAGCGGCUUGGCAGUGUCAAGGACGGCUGGAUGGUGCUGCAGGGUGCACCGCGCCGACCCAGCAUCGGCUUCCUGUCCCUUUUUGAGGCCUAUGCUUGCAUUGAGGUGGGCUCGAGGUACAAAGGGCCGACCAGCCCCAUCUGGGUCGUCUGUGCCGAGUCGCACUACACCGUGCUCUUCUCCGCGGACGGCAUGGUUAACCCUCAAGACAGCGACAAGGCGCUGGAUCUCUUCUACUUUGACCAACUCGGUCGCCAGUCGGAGCGAAUCCGCCUGACUGUCAUCCCCAAGCAGUUGCCGCCACACCUGUCCACAGGCUUCGAGGACAGUGAAUCCAUGAUCGAUCGGUGCAUCCGAACGAAGUGGAAGGAAGCCACCGUCGAUUGGAAUGGGAGCGAAGUCAUCCUUUGA